GACGUGAUAAUCACUCCAGUGAAACUACCGCCAACGAGGAAAGAUGUCGAGAAAUGGAUGUUGACAAAAAGGCCUGGAAAUGAACGUUUGAAUACCUCUGAUAUUGUUUCAGAGGAUUGCGAAAUUCCAAAAAAUGCGAAUUUUAUUAACGGAGAGACGUUUGUGACAGAACAUACACUGCUUGAAAAUAGUGGCGGUCAAAGUUUACAAGAAAAUAAUGAGGAAAGUCAAAGAAAUUCCGGGAACAUUCCAUCGUGUCACGUGAUUGGUCCAAAACACAGUACACCUGUAGUUGAUAGUGAAAAUAAAAGUCAUAAAGUAUGGCAUUGUACUCCUAUAGAUCAUGUUAAAGAUAAGAAUAAUGAAGAAUCACGCAAGGAAAAAGAUUCAAAACUACAAAACCUAAGGAGAAAUUUACUCAAGAAUCACGAAAAGGACUAUCCAUUACCAGGCGCACAACAACAAACAUCUCUCAGUGAAGGAUCUUUUAUUGAAGGACCUACACCAACAAAUAGUUUUGGAUUUCAAAUUUCUCAACCAAAUAUUCAAGAUGCCAAGUCCCUUCGCCAGGUUCAAUUUCUAACUUUGCUGAGUGUAGAACUUCAUGUAAGAACAAGGAGAAGUUUACGUCCCGACCCAGAGUUUGACGUUAUUUGUGCAAUAUUUUAUCAUAUUGAAAACGAGACAAAAGAUGGGAAGAAAUAUGAAACUGGAGUGAUAGUAACUCUACGAGAGAUGACGAAAAUUAGAAAUACUAAUGAUGACGUAUGUCAGUCUACAAGUGCGACAGACACGACAAAAACAUCCCAUGUAAAAGGAACCUUACAGCGUCAUUUUUGUAAUUCAAACAAUCUUGAGGUUGUAACAGUGGAAGAAGAAACUGAUGUUAUCAAUCAUUUGGUUAAAAUUGUCCAUGAAAAAGAUCCUGACAUCUUGCUUGGCUUUGAAGUUCAAAUGUUGUCUUGGGGAUAUCUUAUACAGCGCGCUACGACUCUUGGGAUUAAUAUAGCAUCACAAUUAUCUCGAGUGCAGGAUACUUCCGGUACGGCGCGGUUUGAUGCGGAAAUUGACAAGUGGGGAGCUAAUCAUACGUCAGAGAUUACAAUUACGGGAAGAAUUAUUUUAAAUGUUUGGCGACUUAUGAAACACGAGGUGACUUUGAAUGUCUACUCGUUUGAGAAUGUAUCAUACCACGUACUGCACGAAAGAGUACCGCUGUACAGUUAUCGUCAGCUCACACAAUGGUGGGAUAAGAAACUACCUCAUGAUCGUUGGAGAACUGUGGAGCACUACGUCAUUCGUUGUCAAGGCAACAUCAGGAUUUUGAAUCAGCUCGACUUCGUUAACAGGACAAGUGAGUUCGCAAGACUUUAUGGGAUUCUCUUUUACAGUGUCAUAUCACGUGGUUCACAGUUUCGUGUUGAGUCGAUGAUGUUUCGUCUUACAAAACCAAUGAAUUAUAUUUCUGUUUCACCAAGUAUACAGCAGAGAGCUAGAAUGGAUGCACCAGAAUGUAUCCCUUUGGUCAUGGAGCCCGAAUCUCGUUUCUAUGUUGAUCCCGUUAUUGUGUUGGAUUUUCAAUCUCUUUAUCCCUCUAUGAUCAUAGCCUAUAACUAUUGUUAUUCCACUUGUCUUGGAAAGCUUGCCAGAUUAAAUAAAAUUGGUCAUUUUGAGUUUGGUUGUACAUCGUUGAAUGUUCCUCCAACAUUACUGGAGAAACUGCAAGAUGAUAUUCAUGUAAGCGCCAACGGCUCUGUUUUUGUAAAAUCUAACAUAAGACGAGGAAUUUUACCCAGAAUGUUAGAGGAGAUAUUAGACACACGUAUUAUGGUAAAGAAAGCUAUGAAAGAUUGUAAAGAUGAUAAAACUCUUCUUCAACUUCUUGAUGCUCGACAACUUGCUUUAAAGUUGAUUGCAAAUGUCACUUAUGGUUACAAAUCAGCAAACGUCUCAGGACGAGUGCCUUGUGUUGAGAUUGCUGACGCCAUUGUUCGUAAAGCACGCGAGACCCUGGAACGAGCUAUCAAUCUCGUGAACACAAGGGAUGAGUGGGGUGGUCGUGUGGUAUAUGGGGACACCGAUAGUCUUUUCGUAUUAAUAAAGGUGCCAGUAAAGAGGAAGAUGGAAGAAAUUGUUGAUGCUGUUACUGCAGAGAAUCCUAAACCUGUGAAACUAAAGUUUGAAAAGGUAUAUAUGCCUUGUGUUCUUCAAACAAAGAAACGUUACGUUGGUUAUAUGUACGAAACAUUAGAACAGAAAGAUCCAGUGUUUGAUGCGAAAGGAAUAGAGACUGUACGGCGAGAUACAUGUCCAGCGGUCGCUAAGAUUUUAGAGAAGUCUUUAAGGAUUUUAUUUGAAGAAAGAGACGUGAGUCUUGUAAAGAAGUUUGUCCAGCGGCAGUUCGUUAAAAUGAUGAAAGAUAGAGUAUCGAUUCAGGAUUUCAUCUUUGCUAAGGAAUAUCGUGGUAUGAAAAGAUAUAAACCAAAAGCAUGUUUUCCAGCUUUGGAAAUUGCAAGACGUCAUUUGUCACGUGAUCGUCGCGCGAAACCUCGCGUGGGAGAACGUGUACCUUACGUCAUUGUUAACGGCAGUCCUGGACUACCAUUGAUUCAAUUGGUUAAAGAAAACAAAUACUUCCUCCAUUGGAUCGAGUUUUUUCCUUGAUUGGUGUUGAUGUGUUUUCAUGGUAUACACAACUACCCCGAUAUAUCCCUCGAC